AACAUAAAACCCUUUCUUUUAACAUGAAACAUUUUAAAAGGUCUUAUUGUUUUUACUCUUAAACUUUUUGACGUCUAAGUCAUCAUCGGCAAUGACCCCGACCCCGACACUAACCCUAUGAAAACAGAAUAUGUAAUAUUUAGUUAUUUCAAACUGUUUACUAAGGUUUUGACGAUUAGAGGAAAAACAACUAAACAUUCUUGCUGACAGAUAUCAAAAACGAGAAAGAGUUAGUGUGGAGGACCAGAAAUUUCAUACGUUUUGGGGUUGUACAUCUCUGUUCCUUUUAUUUCGUGGCGUCCCUUUAUUAUUGUUUUGACUAUGCUGCUGUAUGGAAAAUGCAGUGGGAAUGUAAAGGGAAAUGAGCAGUGACAGUUUUGCCUGGGUUGAUUGUGCGUUGAUCCAUUGGUAAUGCCUUAGGGCUCCAGUAGGGGGAUUCGUGCGUACCCUCUUUCACUCACUUCACAAACAAGUGAAAGCGAAAGCUGCGCGUCAGUGUUAUCAUUCAUCUAUCCUCAGUAUUUCCCCUGUUUAAGACUCAAUACAGACAAGUGAAAGCGAGAGCUGCGUACUCUCUUUCAGAGAUGUGCCAUCCAAACUUGGUGGCACUUGCAGUGCUGCUAUGCUCUACAUUGUUGGUAAAUGGAGGGAAAAUCUUAGUGUUCCCUGUGGAUGGAAGUCACUGGAUCAACAUGAAUAUCAUCAUCGCAGAGCUUCACUCCAGAGGUCAUGAAGUCACAGUGGUGCGGCCAAAUGACACCUGGUACAUCAAGUCAGAGUCCCCUCACUACAGGACCAUCACUAUAAAUUCCUCAGCCGGAAUUGAUGAUGAGCGCUUUGGGGCAUUUGUAAUGGAAACACUGACCAUGCGUCGACAAGGUGCUUCACUUUGGACUCGCUUCUCGAUGGAUUAUUUCCUGAUGACACAUUUUUAUCAAAUGCACGUGAAGGUGCUUGAGAUGGUUGAGGGAAUGUUUGAGGAUACCAAGCUGAUGCAGAGCCUCCAUGAUGCCAAAUAUGAUUUGGUUCUGACUGAUCCUUGGAUUGGUGCAGGUGUUCUUAUGGCUCACCGUUUGGGUCUUCCACUUGUCUUUAAUGUCAGAUGGACUAUUCAGGGUGAAGGCCAUUUUGCAAUUGCACCUUCCCCACUCUCAUACAUCCCUAUACCAGGGACAGAGCUGACUGACAAGAUGACUUUCAUUCAGCGUGUCCAGAAUAUGCUCUACUUUUUCUUCACAUGUUAUCAAAUUUGGUAUAUCACAGAACCAAACUACAAACCAUUUGUCCGUCGUCAUUUUGGCAGUGACGUACAUUACAUGGAGCUGUUUCAGUCAGCAGACAUCUGGCUGAUGAGAAAUGAUUUCACCUUUGAGUUCCCUCGACCCACAAUGCCAAACGUUGUCUACAUGUCAGGAUUUCAGUGCAAACCCUCCAAGCCCCUGUCUAAAGAGCUAGAGGACUUUGUGCAGAGCUCGGGUGAACAUGGUGUCAUUGUGAUGACACUGGGAACACUGGUAGAAGAACUUCCAGAGGACAUUGCUGAAGACAUUGCUGCUGCUUUUGCAGAACUUCCUCAGAAGGUGAUUUGGAGGCACAAAGGCAAAAGACCAUCCACCCUCGGUAAUAACACGCGAAUCUUGGACUGGUUGCCCCAAAAUGACCUCCUGGGUCACCCCAAGACCAGAGUGUUUGUGGCCCAUGGAGGCACCAAUGGGAUACAGGAGGCCAUUUACCACGGUGUGCCCCUGGUUGGCCUGCCACUUAUGUUUGACCAGGCUGAUAACUUCUUCAGGAUGAAAGCAAAAGGUGUGGCCAAAGUCCUUGAUAUUGCAACAGUGAACAAAGAAAACUUCUUGGAGGCGCUAAAGGAGGUGCUCUACCAACCAUCCUACAGGGAGAAGAUGAAGGAGCUGUCCAGCAUCCAAAGAGAUCAGCCUAUGAAACCGCUGGACCGAGCCAUGUUCUGGAUCGAGUUUGUCAUGCGGCACAAAGGAGCGGCGCACUUAAGGACGGAGUCUUACAAGAUGUCCAGGAUCCAGUACUACUCGAUCGAUGUGGCAGCUUUUCUGCUGGCAGUUAUUUUGCUAGUAUUUACCAUUUUUGUUUCAGCAUUCAGGUUUCUGUUGCAUAAGUUAUUUUACAGAAACAAAGUCAAAAAGGAAUGAUGAUUGUGUUACAACAUUUGUAACCACUUACUUCUGUAUUUAGUUUCUGAAAAUGAGCUCAAUAUAAAUGUUUUUUGAAUUUU